AGACAAAUGAUAUGGGUAUAAAGGGCGUAGCUGUAGCCUAGUUACUGAUGCAUUAAAUGUCAAUAUAAAAACAGCAUUAUUUUAUUUUCUGAUAAAAGCUGAUAGUAUCACAACGAAGUACCGCAGCAGCCCCCGCAGCAGUCUUUUCUGUAAGUUCAAAUCAUAGAAUGUCACAUGAUAAAAAAAUGCUUGAUCGUGAAGCAGUUCGCUCAGUUAUACAACAAUGGAAUGCAAAUCGUUUGGAUCUCUUUGCACUAUCCGAACCAGAUGAGAAUUUAUUAUUUCAUGGUGUUAUGCGCUUUUACUUUCAAGAUGCCGGACAAAAAGUUGCUACAAAAUGUAUACGUGUUGCAUCCGAUGCAACAGUAUCUGAUGUUAUUGGUACAUGGCGAUACGGUUGGAUUUUGUGUGAUAUUUGGAUUUCGCUGGAUAUUCUGCUGUGCACUAGCUCCAUUCUAAGCUUGUGUGCCAUUAGUCUGGACAGAUAUCUAGCAGUUACGCAGCCAUUAACAUAUUCCAAAAAACGUCGCUCCAAACGGUUAGCAUUGAUGAUGAUAUUUAUUGUGUGGGUAACGGCACUAUCAAUCACUUGUCCUCCAUAUUUGGGAUGGUAUGAACCAGGACGACGUCAAGGAGGUGUUGUAGUUUGUCGCUACAAUCAAAACAAAGGAUAUGUGAUCUUUUCCGCAAUGGGUUCAUUUUUCAUUCCACUGGCAGUGAUGCUGUAUGUGUACUUGAAAAUUGGUUAUGUGCUGACAUCACGACGACAGCGCAUUGUACGGGAUGCAAACUCUGAACGAACAGCAGAUCAUGAAAUUGAUUUCGAUAAUUUCUUAUCAGAAUCCGAACAUUUCCAAUGUGCCACACCGAAAUUUCCUUCAUUCAAAAUGCGUUGGACCAGUGGAAGUAAGAAUAACAGUCUCAAAUGUAGCAAAUGCAAUAAGAAUUACAUUACUGAGACUGCUAUGCCUCAUCAAGCUUCAUUUUAUGAAUUAGUUGAGGUCUCUCGUCUCUCAUCGCUUAUACAUUGUUCUGCAGUUAGUUGCAAAUAUGGCGGACCUUGCAUACACACGACACCAGUAGGCGUUGCAGUAAGCGAAAAACGUGCUGCAUCCUUGCCAAUGCAAAAAUUUCAAUAUCUUGAAAAUACUGCUUCAUAUUCUGAGACAUGUCUUACAUCAUUACCAAUGGCACAAGUUGCUAAAAUUAAUCAAGUACGAGGGCAGCAAAACUCACAACAGCAACAUGGGCACAUGCACACCCACCAGCACAACACAUCCCAUCAUCGCAUACCAAUGCGCGUUUCCACUACAAAACGUGACACAAAAACUGCCAAAACAUUGACAAUGGUUAUGGGCGGCUUCAUCGCAUGCUGGUUACCAUUUUUUGUCUAUUAUUUACUCAUACCAUUCCUGCCGCCAGCUGCUGUACUGCAGGGCAUAACGACAUUUCUAACUUGGGUGGGUUGGGUUAAUAGCGCUAUCAAUCCAUUUAUCUAUGCAUUCUACAAUCCGGACUUUCGUACCGCAUUUUGGCGUUUGACAUGUCGACGUAUCUGCAAGAAACCACCGCCAAACCAUAUGGCCAUGUUCCGAGGUUGAAAUGCUCGUAGCUGUCAAGAGUAACUCAACAACUCAAAAUCAGUUCCGAUAUGAGUUUAAAGUUAAAAAUGUGUAAUCCGUAGGUCAAAAAUAUUUUAGUAAAUUAUCCUAAACAGACAAACGAAAAGACAUAUAUGUGAAUAAACUUUUAAAUUCAAUUUUAAAUUGAUUUUCUCCAAGGCAAUGUCCAAUAUUUUGUGCUCCUGACAUCACAGCCAAAACUUAAAACUUCAAUUUAAAAAUUCGAUUUAAAAUGUUAAUAUUGACAUUUCAGGCAUAAGUAAAAAUUAAAUCAAUUUCAAUCGGUUGACAGCCAAUUUCGGCUUCCGCAGACGUGUUUGUGGCCCUGGGUCAACUGUGCACUUGCAGGAAAUUUGCAUAUUUUUAAUAUUUAAAGUUUAAAAUAUUAGUUGAAAUAUUCUUAA